AUGAAAUUGACUACAUUAAUGGAUUACAGCAAGAAAUUAAAGCCACUCGAAGCAUAUGAUAUUUCUACUAAAACUGGCUUCUUACCUUCUACUCCACCUUUGCGUAGACUAUCAAACCCUUAUUUUGAACCUUGGGAGUCUAUGAUGGAUGAUGUGAAUGGUUUACUUUUGGCUGGAAAAUUAAGAGAAAAAAUUCAUAAAUUACCUUUAUUAGAUUAUACACUUUUAAAUUCAAUAGAAGAAUAUAGAAGAGCAUUUUUGAUACUUUGUAUGCUAUCUCACAGCUAUGUUUGGGGUAAACAUGAAGCUACAUCAGAGACAUUACCUGCUAAUCUCGCGAUUCCCUGGACUGGUAUUGCAGAAUAUUUAGGCUUAUGUCCUGUUGUUUGUCAUGCAGCUGUCGUAUUAUGGAAUUAUCGUUUAUUAGACUCCGAUGGUCCAAUCGACUUGAGUAAUUUGGCUGCAUUAGCUACUUACUCUGGUUCACUGGAUGAAGCUUGGUUUUAUCUUGUGACAACAGCUAUUGAAGGUUCAGGUGCUCCAUGUUUAUUACCUAUUGUCACUCUCAUUGAACUCAUUCAAAAGGGUGCGCCCCCCUCUGAAAUUAAACCUCAUUUAGACGUCAUUCGAGAUGCUAUUGAAAAGAUGAAUGGAGUUCUUAAACGCAUGUAUGAAAAGUGUGACCCCUAUGUGUUUUAUUGGAAGAUUCGUCCUUAUUUAGCAGGUUGGGAAAAUAUGGCUGAAGCAGGUUUACCGUUGGGACUUAUUUAUGAGGGUGUGAAUGAUGAUAGCUGGUCUACCGAUGAAUAUGCUGACAUGUCAAAUGAGGCAGAGCGUUUAUUGAAUCAAUAUCGUAGAUAUGCUGGUGGAAGUGCUGCUCAAUCCAGUUUAAUUGCUGCUCUUGAUGUCGCUCUUGGUGUUGAACAUCAUCGUACAGGCGAGAAACCUCCUUCGUUUGUCUUGAAUAUGAGUGAUCGAUAUACGAGACUACCUGCUACAAAUCCUGCAGAUGAUCUCUUACAUCAUCAAGUCGCUUCACCUGUUACUUCCUAUAAACGUACAAAUCAAAAUAGUUUCUUGAGAGCCAUGCGUAAAUACAUGCCACGUCGUCAUCGUGAAUUCCUGGAGGACCUUGAAGAGACGGCUAACAUUCGUCCUUAUAUCUUACAACUGGAAGAAAAUGAUCGUAAUGGGAACCUCUCAGAGGAUGAACUCGCGGUUGUAGAGGCCUAUAAUGCUUGUGUACAUCAACUUAAAUUAUUCCGUGAUAAACAUGUCCAGAUCGUCACACUCUAUAUCGUAAAUCAAGCUCGUAAAGGUCCUAAUAUCUCUCAUGGUGGCUUUGCUAUUGACCAUCAAAAGAAGAAGAUAAAAUCUGAACCUGUCAAGAAUGGGGUUCAUAAUGAUCUUUAUCCUCAAACUCAAUUAGAAACUGCCCCCGCUAUUCGAAAGGAUUCUAAAACAGAUAAAGUAUCUCAAAUGUUUCCUCAAUUGGGUUUGGCAAGAACAUUGGCAGCAGAUACAAAGAUCGUUCGUGGUACAGGCGGUACCAAUGUGAUGCCCUUUCUUAAACAAUCACGUGAUGAAACAAAUGACAUGAAAGUACAAUUAUCAUUACAGCAGCAGCAACAGCAGCAACAACAACAACAACAACAACAACAACAACAACAGCAACAGCAAUCAACUUCUUGGUCUGAUUGGUUUUUGCGUCGUUAA